UCCAUUAAAAUACCCCGGUUCUCAACUUGAUUAUUUCUAUCCCGAUUCCAUAUCAACAUUACCGAUUAGAGAUUUACUUGGCAGGUCAUCUAGUGAUGAUUAUGUUUCUGAUCAUAGUAUAGAGCCAAUUACCAAAGAUGAUUUUCAAAAUAGUAAAUUAAAUAUAGGCAAGUAUGUGGUGAAAGAAGAGGGAUUUCAGAGUAGAGUAACAUUCGAUCUUCGUGGUAGUGGGGUGUCUACGAAAGAUUCUAAAAGUGAUUAUUCAAAUGAAGUCAAAGCAAGUAAUGUUAAAAUGAUUGACAAAACACCUAAGGAAAAUUCUUACGGGGCCGUUAAUCAGACAUUACCAGCUAACGAUAAUAAUUUAAUAUAUCUUCAUAACUAUUUUCAUCUAUCUUACCUGUUAAAA